AUGAGAGAAGAUUACUGGGCCUUCGCUGUUCGGAGGACCCUUCUUCGCAAGCCCAGACAUGGUAGCUCAGAACCAUCAACUCAACAAGCUCUCCGUAAGUUCCUCAUGAGCUGGUUCCAUAACCAGUGCUCUGGUGAACAAGACAAGAGUUUUAUCCGGAACAAAGCUGCGCAACUGUUUGCUUUGACGUUUGUUAAUGAUUACCYACAUCAGUGGUUAACAUUCUUUAAUGAUUUACAUCAAACACUUGGUACUGGUCCAGCUGCUGUCGAUCUUUGUACAACUAAUUUGUUGUGUUUCACUAGAUUGCUGCUGCAUUUUCUGACCGUCGAUGUCCUGAGAGAAAGUGURUGUGAUUGUUUUCAUGAGAUCAUCAGUAAAGGCAUGGAUCCCGUGGCUAAGACUGAGCUGGUAGAAUCCCUUGUCCGAGUGCUUGAAAAUGCUGGUGUACUUGCACCUUGUGAGGACCUUGACAAUGAUUUCUUAGCCAAGUUAGCCAAACUUGUAAAUUGUAUUGGAACUCAACUAAUAGCUGUCCAAUGUAAUCCUUAUAAAAGACCGUAUGAAUCUAUUUUGUUUAUUUGUUUUCCUAGAUUUCUUGGAGAUGAUGACGAUGACAUUUCACACACCGUUCAUGGCUUUGCUUAUGCUUACCUAACAUUAUUAAAACAGUCAUCUACAAUAAAUGCUCAACAAAAAUCAUUUUUGUUUGACAUGAUGAUAUUGCUAUUCCAGGCCCAACAGUUGUACUCUGAUUCUACAAGGUUUAAUGCACUUCAGCAGAUGUUGAUAGCACUUAUAUCAAGUCGUGUGUCCUAUUAUGGCCAUUCAGCAGUUUCUAUGAUGUAUUUUGAGGCUGUGGUGAGAUAUGAGAGGGUAAUCAGCUCUAACCCUGAGCAAAUACCAUCAGUACUGGUAAGUAACCUGACCUUCUUAUAUUCUAAUCCACUUCUCAGUCUUCUUUCCCCUCUUCUCAUAAUCAUUGUUUCAAUUCUUUAGGAUAAUGGAUAUCAGCAUCUACUCUCUCCAGACGAACAGCUGUUCCUGUAUGAAUGUGCUGGGAUGCUCAUUGCUUGCAGUGGAUCUUCACAAGAGAAUAAACUAGUUUACAUGAAUAAUCUUUUAUCUCCUUGUCAUUGUAUUCAUGCUUUCAGUCGUGCAAGCAAAGCAUUUCCCAAUCAGCAGUCACUCAAACAAAGUGGUUGUGCACCAUGUUUUGAGGAAGCAUUACAGGUUUUUCUACGUGCAUUAACCGUUCCAGUCCAUCGAGAUGUCAUUCAUAAUGGUGUACGUCAGUAUUUACAUCGCAUGGUUGUCUGUCUUGGACCAGACGUCUUGCAGUUUGUACCUGUUGCUGUCACUCACCUUUUAAAAGACUGUACGGCACGUGAUAUUCAAGACUUCAUCCCUUURAUUAAUCAGAUUAUUGCAAAGUUCAAGCAUCAGAUAGUACCAUUUUUAUGUGAAGUAUUCAUGGCUAUUGUCAAUGCAAUAUUCACCGUCCUUGGUAAACCAGUGGAUCAGGCAGAUACCCAGGCAACUAAAGAAAAAGAAACAUUACGGAGGAGUUAUUUCCUGUUUGUUGCUGCCAUUGUUAAUAAUGAUGUAUCUGAGAUACUUACCAGACAAGAACCUCAACAUGUGCAACAUGUUCUUCUCACUGUCAUCCAAGGUGCAGUGGAUUACCCUGACCCUGUGGCUCAAAAGAUAUGUUUCAGCGUCUUGAGAAAGCUUGUCGAACUCUGGGGAGGAAACAAUGGUGAGAAUGGAUUCAAGGAUUUCAUGUACGACAACAUUGUACCUGCUUGCUUCCUUGCUCCAAUGAAGUCAACAUUUGAUAUGAAUGAYGCUCAAACAUUCCUUGCAAUGCAAGAAAUUGCUCAAACGCAGAAAGUGAUAUUUCAAAAACAGGGGGGUGAGUUUCUCAACUACUUACAAGUCAAGUACCUACCAAGUCUAAACUURGCUCCUUCACUUGUCCAGGAAUACACUCAAGCCCUUCAGCAUGCAGAUAUGAAAACAUUCAAAAAUUAUUCCAAGGCAUUUUUUACCCAACUGCAGACGUGACAUCAAUGAUACCUCUUGGUUUUAUCUCAAGGGGAACAUUUACAGUUUGGAAUAAAAUAGACAAAUAACAGUAUAAAUUAUUGAUGAAAUCAAAAAAUGAAUAUCCAUAUUGACAUGUACAGAAGAAAUUUUGGUAUUUUGAAUUUUUUAAAUAAGUGGUUACUUUGCAUUUCAGUCAGUAAAUUGGUUAUAAAAAUUGUGACUAAAAURUUUAACUUCUAGCACUCCGAUCUUCUGUGAAAUAGUGUGAUUUUAUGACCUUUCAAACAAGUGGCAAUUAGAAAUUGUGGUGCAAAGAGAUUUAGAAAAAAAAUGCAAUAAAGAACAAUGACGUUUUAUACACUAGAGUUUAUUUCACAGGUUAAUACAUAUUAAUCAAAAAUUAAGUUUGUUUUUGUUCUGUCAGUAGUCCUUAUUAAAAAUUAUUAGAGAUUAUUUUAGCCACUGGAAGGGAUAUUCUUGGAAGGCAACUAGAAUUUUGUGCUCUAAUUAUGAACUAUAGCUUGUUUUAUUUUUGUAUUUUGUAUAACUUGAUAAUUUUUUGUCACAAUAUUUUAUAAUCAGAGAUAUACCAAUUGAAAAUAUCUYAUAAUGAUAUCAAUUCUGAUGCAUGGCUGACUGACAAUAUUUCUGUUUUAUUUUUGUUUUU